AUUUGGAGGGGGUGGGGGCAGUUCUAAAAAAUUAAAUGCAUGACUUAGAUGUAUGGCUUUGCAACUACAAAUUUAUGAGGACGGGUUUCAUUCGUUCACUUCCUGCUCGGUGUACUUACUGUCUGGGAUUGUCAAUGGACUGUGGGUUCAGAGAUCUAGGAAGUGAGCAUCUAAAGGGAUGGGAAGACCUGUAAUCCUGGCCAUUUCUGCUUUCAAGAAAUCCUUUACAACUGUUCAGAAGUUGCAGCUUAUUUGUGAGAAUCCUCCAAGGUGGUAUAUUUAGAGGUGGAGAAUUGUAAUGCUAGAAGAAAUGGUUUCAAAGUCUGUUGACUUGAACAGAAAUGAAUCCUUGUAUACCUGCGGUGAACUGGACUCCUGCUCUUUCUCCUGCCAGUUUGUGGCAACGAAAGCAGUAGAGGAAGAGAAGGAGCUGUCUGCAGAGGAAAGGAGGAUUUUGGAAAGAAAAUUAAAGAAAGAGCGUAAGAAGGAAGAAAAAAAACUGAUGCGGGAAGCUGGAAUCUCUGCUAAGAAAGAGGAGACCAAAAAGCCAUCAGGGUCUGAGUUGGCACUCGAGUAUUUAACUAGCUGGUCUGAAAACCCCAAAGACUGGAAGUUUCAAAAGACAAGGCAGACUUGGCUCCUUUUGCACAUGUACGAUAAAGAGAAGGUCCCGGAUACAUAUUUUUCUAUUUUACUGGAAUACUUGGAAGGGCUCAAGGGCAGUGCACGCGAAGUAACUGUGCAGAAAGCUGAGGCUCUCAUGAAAGAGUACGACAGCGCUGACCUAGACGAUCCCAACCUGUUGAACAAGUGUGAGCGCAUACGACAAGUUCUACAGCUAUUAUCCUGAAGUGGUGUGAACACUGUUGCUAUUUCUGUACUUUUUGCUGUAUGGAGAGAAGGGUAAAAUGUAAAAACCCAGCUUUUUAUGAUCAAUGUAAAUAUCUUUAUGAAGAGUCUUGAUGCUAAGAUUUCAUAUUUCCAGUUCUUGUUGUAAAAUAUUUUUUCCAAUUACACAUUAAACAGAUUGUAAGGAAAUUAAAAUUGAAGUGAAAUGUAGCAUCUGUCCAGCUUCUACCAUGUGAUUUUGAUUCCUUCAGGUAACUUUGGUGCAUGUCUUCUGGAAGAGGCUAGACACAUCCUUGUCUCUUUAGUUUUCCUCAUAUUUGCCUGUAUUUUCUAUUAAAUGGUAAGGUGCUUUAUAGUUCUUGAUAAGAAGAGCAGAACAACCAAGAAAAAAGCUUGGAGAUUCUUCCACAGAAGGUAGGUUUAAAAGUGAACAAAAAGUGUGGUGCUUGUUCAACCAGCUGCUAUCUAUCACUUUCGGCUUUAGAAAUAUGUCAUCUGAAUUUGGGAAAAAUCAUUUUCAGUGUGUUGAACAGAGGUUUUAUAACCCAUUUGCUUAUUAGCAGUUAAGCAAAGAUCUGGAGAUCAUCCUCUUUGCUAAUUUCCUUUUUCUGUUCUAAAGUUUUUGAAUACCUUAUGGCAAUAUUUAGCUACUGAGGUAACGUGCAGUUGGGAAUAGCCCAAAUCAGUUGCCCAUAGUCUUGAAAUCAGCCAAUCACAUCUUUAAAAAAUAGUCAGUAAUGGGCUGUGCUUCACUGUAGUACAUGCAUGCAGCCUGACAGAUUCUGUUUUCAUCUUUCUCUUGUUAAUUGUCUUCCAAAAGAGGUAAUUUGUGUACUUUCGGCUUGACUAGGGGACAUUUGUCUUCUAAAAGAAUGCCGAUGACCAGCCUUUCAUGGGAAAAAGAGGUCCAUUAAUUAUUCAGAAGCUGGAGAUGUGUCUUUAAUAACAGUACUAAUUGAAUGCUUGUCCUCAACCCACACUCAUGACCUGAUUCUCACAAGUGGUUCUACAAAUACCAUUCACAUCUAUUAAUGGUAAUCAUAGGUUAUGUGUAUUAUUUCAGAAAAAUAUCACACAUGGUCUGUUUUGUUGGGAGGGAAAGAAUACCAAUUUCUGUGAUAUCCAUGCCUGUCUUUUCAACAAGAAGCACUUGAUUUAAUUUUGACAAUUUUCACCUAAAUGAAUUAUCAUAACUCUUGAAAAAGCAUGAAAUAUACUACUGGUUACAAACGUAGCUUAUACAUUGGGACUUUAAGACAACUUCAUUAGCAGCCAAAAUGUUGAGUGAUCCAAUAUGUGCUGUUCCAACAUUGUAAGUAUAAUGGAAUUUAGUAUUGUUGUGAGCCAAAGUAUAAUAUAGAGAACAAAACAGCCUGCCGGAGCAGAUUGCCAGCAUAGCAACAGUGCACAUAGACAUUUUAUUCAGUGAUUGUGCUCCUUGAUGCCAUCUUACUGUUUCAUUUUUCUCCUUCUUUCUAUAUUUCUUUCAAAUCUGUUUUCUUUUCUAUGUUUAUGGAAACUUUUCAUUUAAGUGUCCCUCUUCCAUCUACCUUUGGUUACAAACAUAGGCAGCAACUGAUUCAAAUUAAAAGAAAAAUCAAGGAAGCCUUGAAGAUUUCUAUCCUUCCUCUCCUGCCUCUACCCCAAAAACAAAGUUUACUUGGGAAAUACCCUUAUCUCCUAAAUACUUGUUUUCAAUCUUCAGAAGUACGCCCUGAUGUCUUGUAAUAUCUAUACCAUUUCUAUGAGUAUUGGUAUUGAGCAGAAAUCACAAUUCCUUAAGUUUAUAGGCUUGGGCUUCCUUAUGGGACAGACCAGAACAUACAGGACAUGUCUACGUGAGACACUACUGCAAAGUAGCAUCGUUUAUUGUGCAGUAAGCAUGUGCGUCUACACAGCAAACCUUACUAAUCAUGAGCAAAUUUGCCACUUGCAAUUGCAAGUAGCAAAUUUAUGUGCAAGUAGUUACUGC